AUGGCUACCUCAGAAAUAUCUGGUUCACCACGUAAAUUAGCACUUGUAAUUGGCAUUAGUAAUUAUGAAAAUGGAAGAAAUUUACCUAAUGCAAUAAAUGAUGCAGAAGAGAUAUCAUUUGAGUUGGAAAGAAUUGGAUUUAUUCUUCAUGAAGGGGCUCCAAAAUUAAAUCCAACAUGCAAAGAAAUGCAUCAUGCUUUGGUUGAUUUUGUACAUUCAAUAAAAAGGGGAGAUAUGGUUUUGUUUUACUAUGCUGGACAUGGAAUACAAUGGAAGGAUAACAAUUAUUUAAUUCCAUCCGAUAACUAUAAAGAAGAGAUCAAAGAUAAUAUUGUAAAGAAAGUUAAACUUAGUGGCUCUGACUUAAAAAUAUAUGCGAUUAAUGCACAAGAGGUUCAUAAUAAUAUACAUGAUCGACAUCCAUUUGUUACAAUGUUGUUCUUGGAUUGUUGUCGAACAUAUGAUUUACCUGAUCAACAAUUACAACAAAGUGGUAGAGGCGAACCAAUAAAGCAUCAAGAAGGUCUUACACCAAUGUCAGUGAAAGCUGGAUCAUUAAUUGUAUUUGCUUGUGCACCUGGAACCGUAGCAAAUGAUGGAAAAGAAGGAGAAAAAAAUGGUUUGUUUACAAAACAUCUUCUCAAAUACAUUAAAACUCCUAAUGAUGAUAUUCGAAUGAUAUUAUCUGAUGUUACUAAUGGAGUUAUACAAGAAUCAAAAUCAAAACAAAUUCCACAUGUUACUUCCAUUUUAACACACAGAAAUAUUUGUUUAUAUAACCGCAUUUCAGAACAAAUUCAAACAAAAAAGAAUACAUUUCAACAAUUUGGAAUCACUGUUGCUGGACGAAAUGGAAAAGGACAGAAAUUAAAUCAACUCUAUAAUCCUGAAGGGAUCUUUAUUGAUAAUGAUAAAUCAAUUUAUGUUGCUGAUUCUUGGAAUGAUCGUAUUGUUAAAUGGAAACUGAAUUCAAAUACUGGUCAAAUCAUUGCAGGUGAAAAUGGAAGUCGAAAUCAAGAUAAUCAAUUAAAUGGUCCACGAGAUAUAAUUUUUGAUAAAGAAAAUAAUUCUUUUAUUAUUUCUGAUCGUGAAAAAAAACGAGUAAUUCGAUAUUUUGGUAAAAAUCAAACAAAUCAGCAAAGUAUUAUUUCUGAUGAUUGGUAUAAACGAAUAAUUCGAUAUUUUGAUCAAAGUCAAACAAAUCAACAAAUUAUUAUUUCAAAUAUUAAUUGUUAUGGUCUAACAAUCGAUAAAAAUGGAUCUAUUUAUGUUUCUGAUUGUGAAAAUCAUGAAGUAAGACGAUGGAAACAAGGAGAUACAAAAGGUGAAUUAGUUGCAGGUGGAAAUGGUAAAGGAAAUCAUCUUAAUCAGCUUUAUCAACCUACUUAUAUCUUUAUUGAUAAAGAUUAUUCUCUUUAUAUAUCAGAUUGUUGGAAUCAUCGUGUAAUGAAAUGGAAAAAAGAUGCAAAAGAAGGAAUUAUUGUUGCUGGUGGAAAUGGUAAAGGAAAUAGUCUCAAACAAUUGUCUUAUCCUCGAGGAGUGAUUGUUGAUCAUUUGGGUCAAAUCUAUGUAGCAGAUUCAGGGAAUCAUCGAGUAAUGCGUUGGUGUGAAGGAGAUGAAGAAGGUGAAAUUGUUGUUGGUGGAAAUGGCUGGGGAAAUCGAUCAAAUCAAUUGAAUAGUCCCUAUGGUUUAUCCUUUGAUGAUGAAGGAAAUCUUUAUGUUGCUGAUCAUGAAAAUAAUCGAAUCCAAAAAUAUGAAAAACUUCGAAAUUAA